UGUGUGCACUGUGGACCGUGCUUCUCCGGUCCGUUCUUCCGUUCACAAGAAAGACCGCAGAUCAGAUCUUUGAACUCAACUUAUCGCGUUUCUUUUGUCGUUCUUCGGAUCUCUCUCCUGAUGAUGAUGGUUUAGCUUACUUUAGUAAUGAGAAAAUCUUUCGUUCGUGUGGUUCGUAGAGUAGGACGUUCCGUAAUGACUGAAAUAAGUGUCUUCCGGUUCUAGACUGUAAACGGCAGAUAAUAAUUAUUCGUGGUUUGUUGUUCAGUGUUGCAGCGUAGAAUAAUUGUCGCAGUUGUGAUCGAUUUGAAAAGAAGUUUUUAAUCUAAUACAAUAGUCAUUGUUAUCUGAUAAGCUUAUCUAACAAAGCCCAGCAAUGUCCGGUGAUGUCCAACCACGGAAGCGCAAGGAUAAGAAAAGGAAGAAAGAUGAUGAAGAUGCAGUCAAGGAAACCCCCAGUGCGAGGCAGCCUAGUGCAGGAGCAGCCCAGGCCGCUACCCAGCCCGGCGAUAUUCAGAUGCACAUCCACAGCGAGCAUGGAACGGGAGGCAAUUGGUGUGCAAAGAUUGUCUUUUUCCUUCUGUUGACCUGCUUGGGUGUGCUAACCGGUCUCAUUAUGAUUGAGAACCGUGGAGUGUCGAAUGCAGAUACUCCCCUGUCGGAAUCACGCUACGCCGAGUAUUUCAGUGGCUGGGUUGAUGAAAAUCGUGAAGACGAUCAUCACCAUGAGGAUAUUCUUAACGCACUUAAUCAACUGGAGGAAGAGCAUGGGGACGAUGAUGGGCAUGAUGAGGAACCAUACACCGAAGAGGAAGAUCAUGAUGAUGACGAACAGGGCGGACACGACGAAGAGGAUGAAGCAGACGAGGAAGAACUUCGCAAACUAGACGAUGAUGAAGUGGAGGAAAUUGUGGCAGCAGAGAAAAAGGUCGCCCAACAGGAAGCGGCCCUUGCACGAGAUGACGACGACGCGGAUGCUCCUGCAGCAGUUCCCCAAACCACCACUGGCAAGGUCGACGACGGUGAUGAUGAUGAUGUUGAUGAUGGAAAAGAAGAUGACGACGACGACGGUGCUGUUGUUAAGGAUGAAUCGAACGACGAAGCUGAUGCCAUCGCUAAAGAAAUUGAAAACAUUGCCGACGCUAACGAUGCCGAUGAUGAUGGUGACAAUGAUGAGGAUGAUGAUGAUGAAGACGAUAAUAGUCCCUUCGAUGAAGAGGCUAACAAACUAAACCUAGCUUCAACAGAAAAUGAAGUGCCGAAGGGUGCUGAAGCCACUGGAAGUAGCAACAAGGACUCCACUGUUGUUGUUGAUCAGUUGGAGAAACCGGACAUCAGCGUUGAGAUACUAAAAUCGCAAAUGGAUGAUUUAGUAGAGAAUUAUAACAAACUGGCAGAAAUGCUCAAUGUUCCGAAAGAGGACUAUUUCCAAGAUACCAUCAGCAUCAAGGAUGAAAACGAUGAUGAUCAGAUUGACCAGCAGGUUGAUGACGAUGGUGACGAUGACAACGAUCUAGGUGGAAAAGUUGAAGAAAGAACUAGUUUUGCUCCAAAUGAUGAUGAUGGCGACGAUGAUGUUGAUGGUGACGAUGACGGCGAUGGUGAUGCGUUCGAAAACUUCGUUGACAAUGACGGUGGAGAGGAGGAGUAUCUAGCCAAAGUGAGACAAGAACAGGAGCUGAAGAAUCAACGGCUUCAACAGCAGGAGAAGGAAGAACCUAGGGAGGAGUCUUCGCAAAUUCCUUCUAGGCCUAGCGAAUCGGACUCCUACCAGGGAGAGCUAGAAAGAGCAAAAAGACAACUCGAUGAGUUCAAAGAUACGAAAGCGGCUCUGCAAAGUUUCGAAACUCUGUUAGGCCGGUACCCAGACCUGAAGCCGGCGCUCGUGGGUAAAGCGCGCACCCUGGAUCUGAUGGCUGAACAGCAGCAAAGCAACACGAUCCUGGAGGAUGCGAUCGAAGCGUACCGCAAGGUACUAGCGCUGGGGCGGUCGCUGGAUGACGGCACGCUGCAAACCAUUGCCGAGCGCUGUAUCAAUCGAAUUCGGUUCAGUGGGCAGUACCUGAAAGCUGUUGACGUCCAUCAGGUGCUGAUUAAGCGUUUCGACUCGGAGCCCAAGUUUAGGAAUCAACUAGCUGUGACGUAUCUUAUGGCCAAUCGAUUAGCAGAAGCCAAAGCCGUUCUGCAUGAAACUCUCCUACGAUGGAUUGAAGAUGGAUUUGCGCUCGUACACUACGGGUUUGUCGUGAAAAACCAUGACAAAAACAUGGAAGAAGCUGUCCAAUAUUUGCAGGAAGGAAUAGCAACUGGUCACGAAGGUACUCAAGAUGGUCGAUUCUAUUUCCACUUGGGUGAUGCCUUACAACGCUUGGGUAGAAACGAAGAAGCCCUGAAGGUCUAUCAAAAAGGUGCUGAUAAGAAGCUGUUUCUAUCGAUGUAUCAACGUUCCCUGUACAAUGAGGACAAUCUUAAGUCGCAUCCAUUUUGGACGGUUGAACAAACCACCUACGGUGGUCAGCUGGAAUUGAUUCGAUCCCAGUGGACCACCAUUCGUGACGAGGGACUGCGGCUGCUGAACUCGGCCGGUAACUUCAAGGACGAGGCAGAAAACCUCCGCGAUACGGGUGACUGGAAGCAGUUCGAACUGUUUAUGCGCGGCCAUCGGAUAGAGAAAAACUGUGCCAAAGCUCCGCUGACAUGCAAGCUGGUGGAGCAGUUCACGGCAGCGCGUACCUGCAAGCGCGGCCAGGUUAAGUUCAGCGUUAUGCACCCGGGAACGCACGUGUGGCCACACUGUGGCCCAACCAACUGUCGGAUACGAGCCCACCUGGGGCUGAAGGUGCCGAGCGAUACGUACAUUCGUGUCGCGGAAGAAACAAGAUCCUGGCAGGACGGCCAGUGGCUAAUCUUCGACGACAGCUACGAGCACGAGGUGUGGCACAACGGUACCGGCACGCGGCUGGUGUUGAUCGUCGACUUCUGGCAUCCGGAUCUGAGCGAGAGUCAGCGGAGAACACUGUCGCCGAUUUAAAUAGCUUCUCGAUGGUGCUGCGGAGCGGAGGGAGCGAGGCAAAUCACAACAGCGAACGUACGGUACCAAAGGCAAUACAUAUUAUUCUCAUAUUUUCUUUUAUAGUGUUCUUUUAAUGUAGGGAAGGGGAAAAAGAAUUUUGAAUUUUAUUUUUUUUUGCUUAAUUUUAGCGGAAAAUGUGAAAAGGCAUGAAGUUUUGUGCCUCUAAAUCUAAUCAUUGCUUCUACUUUACUGAAGUUUGCAUUUCAGCCAUAGUUUUCUUUGCCUUACAUGUUUUUUUUAAUUUUAUUUUAUUUGUAUGUUUGAUUUAGAAUAGUGAUAAUGAGAGUGAGAAAAAUGAAGCAAACCGGAUCAUUUGUAUAUUUUGAGAGAAUGUCGAGAAUGAUAGCUAAAUAGCCGGCUGCGACGCAACCAAACUAUUCGGUUCUGCUUUCUACGAGAAAGACUAUGCUCUUUAGAAGGACAAUCAAAGACUUACACUAUAAUUACUUGAUGCGUGCGAACGCCUGAGGUCAUAUUUUGUAUCAAGAAUUUAAAUCUAA